UAGUUGUCGGUCGUAUUUUGACAAAAGUCUAUGGUAACUUGCGGUCCCGCGGCGAGCGCUGUAACCGAAUUUUGCGUCAUAUGCGUUCUGUGACGUCACGCGCCUCGCGAGGGAAAUCGGUGGAAGAGAAAGAGCCUCCGGGUCCCCUGGUCGGCGGGAAAUCGUAAACAUUGUGAUUUUUGCGCCUAUUACGGACGCAGGUGAACGCAAAGCCAGUUGUGCGUUCGCCGUGACGGAAGUGGGAUCGAUGUAUUCGAUGGCCGAUCUAGGUGGCUUCGUCCAAUAGAGAGUAGGCUGCGAUUUUUUGCCCGUCAACGUCGUCGGCCUAGUGUGUUGUGUUGGCGUAGCUUCGACGCGUUUUCGCAUCUCGACGACAGUCAUCAGGGAUGACGGUGACGUUAGUGCCGGCGAAACACGAAGUCGUCCAGUCUUCGGACGGCGAGGAACGUUGCGACGCCUGCGAGACGCCGAAGGUUCACACUUAUGACCACACUGAAUCUCUCCUGGAAGAUUUGGCCCUGGUCGCCAGUUACGACGAUGAAAAACGCGUCGAGAAGGACGGGGGCUGCGAGCCCCACGACUACCCCAAAGCGAAGAAGCUGCUCCACUACGAAGACGCCCCGAACUUCAUGAAACACAACUCGUUUAUCCGGAAAGGAUACAGGGGCAUCUUGAACACGGACCUGUGCAUGGAAAGCGUGUUCUGGUGGACGAACGAGACAAUCAACAUAUGGUCCCACAUAUUCGGUUUGGUUCUCUUCGUGUCGCUGACGAUCUACGAUCUGAUCAUAUUGAAAAUCGACGCCCCGCUAAGCGACAAGAUUCUCGUCAGCGUUAUACUGAUCUGUUUCCAGGCAUGCAUGGCCCUCUCCGCGUUGUACCACACGUUUUGCUGCCGUUCGGAGACCGAUUGCGACUACUUUUUACGCUACGACCUGUUCGGCAUCGCGCUCUCGCUGUACGCGAUUUACGUGUCCGGCAUUUACUACGCGUUCUGGUGCGAUCAGCCGUUGCAAAACUUUUAUCUGCUGACGGUCACCGCGAUAUUCGUCGUCGCGAUGGCGCUGCAAGCGCCGCGGUUCAACGUUAACGUCAACGUCAAGAUGGCCACGUUCGUGGCGUGGGCCGUGUACGGCGUGUUGCCGACGUUCCACUGGGCCGUCAAAAUGGGCGGCUUCGAGAAUCCCGUGGUUAGCCUCCUGUUGCCGAGAGUUUUCGGCAUGUACGUCAUCAGUGGGACCGCGUUCGGGAUUUACCUGGCGAAAAUUCCCGAACGAUGGUCUGCCGGCACUUUCGAUUUCGUGGGCCAUUCGCACCAGUGGUGGCACUUUUUCGUAGUCGGCGCCCUUUACUACUGGCACAACACCGGAAUGAUCUACGUGGACUACAGGCUGAACCACGCAUGCGCGAACAGCAUGAGGAUACCUUAGGCCCCGUCAAAUAUACAGGGUGUGCCGGAAUCAAGAGAAAUAAAAAUAAUAAUUUUUUAUCCAGUUUUGACCUUUGUAACGAUGCUCCCUGUGUUACUGAGUUAUUAGGUGAUGAGUACUAGAAAUAAAUAACGUCUUGCCUCGUAUCGAUAUUCUGUUGGCUAUCUGCUACUUCUGUAUUCUGUGAUAUUUUUCACUCAUCUGCUCCUUAUAUGUUACGGAAAUAAAGUACAUUUUAUUAUCUACAACAGUGUCCUUUUUUCCAUAUUUUUCGAAAAAAAUCUAUUCGAUUUAUACGCCCUUAUGUAUUAUGUAAU